GAACACCAUAGCUUCCAGAACCCGGAUGCACGCCAGAAUUGCAAAUCCUCGAAAUCAACUUGGAUCGAGCGAAUUAAAGAAUCUGAUCUACGGACCGGUACCGGUACGGUACGGGGCACGGGUCCGGUCGGCAGCUAGCGAGCUCCCGUUAUAAAUAUUAUACGGUACACACCGUACGUGCAUGUUGUUAUUGCAUUGUUCAAAUUAGGUCGAUCGUGACAGAUCCAUGUUUCACCCGCCGCCGCCGAUGAGCUGCCUUACUUUAUCGUUCGUGAGAGGGAUGGCUGCCCUAACGUUAGGAUUUGGUCGAAGUUAAGUCUGACAUUAAAAAAUGCAGCGAUAGACCAGUGAUUGAUUGAUAAAUGAAAGUCAUUUGUUGUGAGUGAUCCUGGGAGUCCUGGACUGGAUGUCGAUGGAGUAUACUAUUAACGCGAUGCAUCAGCACCCGAGGCCGAGACCACUCUGCUCUGAGCUCUGCGCUGCAGCCUCAGCUCCGCUACCUCGCUGACUCUGCGGCUGGCCUCAUGACCCGACGCUAAGCCUAAGAAAUGGAAUGAUCGUCAGUGAACUACAUGUUCUGCCAAAGGACACAGAAUGAGGAAGUUACUCUAGAAACUGAGACAAAGGAAAGGUACAUGUACUUUUAAUGAUCACUAUAUUUCAGAUCUGCCAAAUUCUCAGAAUGACAGUUAUCAUGAGGAAACAAGACAUUCUCCCUUGAUUAAAUGAACAUUGGACUAAAAAGCGCUUGGAUUUUAUUUUCAAAAUGGAGGACAAGCAGCAGCGCAAUCUGCGCCACUACCAUCACCAGGCACGGAUUCUCCUGACUGAACGGGAGCGUGAUCUUCUUCAUGACAUGCUGAAGGAGUACCAGAAAUACCACAAUGCUCGGCAGUUCAUCUCUGAUCUACGCAGUAUUCUCAACACGCCAGCAAAGAUGGACCUACUCCGGGAGAUUAGGAACCUGGUGCCACCCGGGUACUUGCAAGAAUUUGACACCUUGGCACCGUACGACCGCAUGGCCCACCCGAUGGCCACGCAUUUAAUGCAGGACGCUCCUGUCUUUAAGAGGUCUCCUAGCUGGCAUGGGAGGGCUUAUGAAAGGUCUUUUGAUACGCAGAGUGAAGAUUUAGAUAUGAGUCAUUAUGUAGCAACCAGUCCCCGAGUUUUAACAAUCACCAACAAGAAUGAGGAUUUAGGCUUUACAAUCAAAGGAGGAUCAGAGCAGGGUACCCCAGUUUCUGUAAGCAGGGUUGAGAGAGGGUCUGAUGCUGAGAAAAAUGGGCUGGCAGUUGGUGAUGAGAUUUUAGAAGUGAACAACAUUAAUUUUGAAGAGAUAGCCAUCAGCAGUGCUAUCCGUGUAUUACAGGGAUCCAAUAAGCUCCGAAUGACCGUUCAGCAUAAUCCUGCAUUAGUACAACACUCUCAAAGAAGACAAUCAAAAGAGAAAACAAAAUGGUUUGAUACCUAUUCUCGUGCAAGGGGCCCACCAUCAGGUCUGAACGCAUCCACUGCUGGUAUAAACAGAGAGAGGAAAGUAGUGAUUCAACUGGAUGAGAAACAUAGGUUUAUUGGUUUCAACAUACGAGGAGGAAGCGAGUAUGGCCUUGGAAUAUUUGUAUCCAAGACCGAUCGAGGUGGUAUGGCCGAGUACCACAAGAUACAGGUUGGUGAUCAGAUCCUUUCAGUCAAUGGGACUAGCUGUGAGAACAUCCCUCAUGCUGCGGCUGUUGAUCUCAUCAGAGGACAGAAGAGACUUGUCUUGAUCAUUCGUAGCAUGGCAUCAGACAACCUCAAUCAAAGCCAAAACAAAGCAAGCAGGUCACAAAGUACCACUCCUUCCAUGAUUUCUGGCAUCUCCAAUCAACAACAGCAGAAAUCACCCCCAUUUCCUAAUGGACCAGUCCCACCCAUACCUAAGCAGAAUAAGGACUGGCUGACCAGAGCACCACCUCACGGGGGUGUGCAACGUCUUGAUGCGAGGGACAUGAAAGCCAAGCAAUCUCCAGGUGAAAAUGUUCCAGUAAUUAUGUCAGCAAGACAAAAUGUCCAGGGAGGCCCUCAUCUCAGCAACACAACUAUCACAGAUCAUCUCCCAAGCCGGCCCUCGUCGGUCCAAUCUCAGCAAUCUACCCAGCGGACACAGCCAUACCCCCAGUCACAACCCACGACACACCGUACAACACAACCCCCAGCACCUCCACAGCAACAUCUCAGACAAUCACCACCGCAUCACCCCCAGCAGAUGGUAUCAGGCAGGGGAGGGGACAGCGGGGGUAAGGAGAAGAGGCGUGGCCUUGGGAGAUCUCUUAGUGUCAAACAUCCUGGAGAGAGGCGACUUCCAGUGGUGGAACAGCAUAGUCCCAAGCACAAACCGGCCAAGGUCAAACGAAACAAGACAUUCCGUGCCCUGUUUGGCCUCAAGCCCAAGGUCAAAGGUCACGAGAAGGAGCAACGUGAAUACGACCGGAGCCCUGAGAGGGAGAUCUCCCCUCCAUCUCCCAAGAAGGAUAUUGAGGAGGAGAUCCUGGCAGAGUCGUUUGAGGAGGAUCUAGCCAGGGUGGAUCCCAUUGGGCAGGAGGCAGGAGCCCAUGACGAGGAUCUUGGAGGAGGGGUGAUGGAGAAGGAGGGCAAGAGACAUAGAAAAGGGAAAAGUAAGAUGACUGGUAUUAUCGCAAGUUUCCGCAAGACCAGACCGGAGGGUAUUGUAAAGAAGCGUCACAACAUCUCCUUACCUCCAGAGGAAGAACAAGAAAGGCCACCCCCUGCUGAGCGUCCUGGGUCAGCCACUAGUUGGGCAUCGAGGAAAGAUAGUUUAGGGGAAUCACUCAGCAACAGCUCCCAUGGCAGUCUUGGCAGGCAGAAGGGAGCUUUCAUUGCUGGAGCUGGAACACAGAUCAUGCAUGUCCAUGCAUCUCAGGCCAGUCAGAUGCCUAUACUCUCAGAAGCUAUCAAGAAAACACUCAACCAAGAUGAGGCUGCUGCUGUCCAUAGACACAUCAAAAGGUAUCAUACAGAAGGGGGUGUUGAUGCUCUUGUGACUCCACUCCUGGCGAUCUUGGACAAACCUGAGAAGGCGGUUCUAUUACGAGAAGUCAGAGGAGUGAUAGCUCCCUUAGACCUGGCCGUCUAUGACUCUAUGGUAUCGAGGAGAGAGCUUGAAGCAAGGAAUUAUCUCAAUGCCAAAUCAGGUUCUGUUUCACCAAGACUAUCAUUUGACAGGAAGCUUCCCUCAAAUCAGCUUGAUUCAAACCAACCAGGUACCUCUAAUAACAACGAAAGUGAGACGGAAAAGCAGAAGAGGCAUCAGAAUGAAUUGGAAAGAUUGCGAAAGCAGAGACAGGAGGAGGUACGAAAGGCAACACUAACAGCUACUGGGAGAUCCGCGGACACUGACCCAUCACCUUACGGACAGAUUGGCUACCCUUCUAACCAGAGCCGCCACGGGAGCUUUGAUACAUAUUCCUUUGGGGAGAGGAGGGACCAAGCCCCGCCUACUUUCUCCACCUUCAAGGGUGUGGCAGUGGGUGGUUCUGGAAGGGGUAGUCCCGCAAGCAGCAUCUCUGAUGGUAGCCUUUCCAAGAAGACAGCCAAGAGAGUCCUCAUCAAUGCUGCUCCACAGAUCAUCAGGACAAACUCCACCGGUGAUGAUGUCUCACCACGCAGUGAGGAGGGGCUAGGUGGACAGGACCAAGGAGAUGGUAUCAAUGAUAGUGUCUUUGAAGAUCGGUUCGGGAGAGGGAGAAAUGAUCAUGGGUCGGGAUGGGACCCCUAUGAAACGAUACCCAUGAGCAGGCUGGCUGAUGACUCCUCUGAAUCGCCAAAGAUACAGAACAAUGAACUUGCUGGUAGGAGGCAGGCGAGUCAAGGUUCUGGAGCAACGAGGAGGGGUGAGUUUGACCCUCCGUAUGCAGCAAUCAAGAUUAACCCACUGACUGAUGAUGCUCAUGACACCACCGAUGCAAAUGAGAGUGGUCAUGAUAGCUCAGAUUCUGACUACAGCAUUGGUAAGAAGAAUGGGAUGUACCGCAUUAUGGGCAGCGAUACUGAUGAUAACUGGGACGAUCGGAAGUCAGCAAGUCCACCAAAACCCAAUUCCAAGCCACACAAGCUGAGCCCCAUCCCUGCUUCUCCACCCACUCCCAGAAUCGUUGAACCCACUCCUCCUUCGUCUCCAUCUGAAGCCAGUCAGAACCUCGAUGCUCUUCUCCAGGUCAGGCGAGACAUGAUCUCUACUCCCAACCGUGAUGGGACCAACUCCAAUCGCUCCAGCGGUAGUAGCUCCGAUGAUCCUGUCUAUGCUCAGGUCAUGAAAGGAGCAGCUGCUAGGACUCCUGCUAACUUCCUGGAUGUGAGGGACUCUGUGGAUAGUGCUUCAGAGUCUGAGAGCAGCGCUAAAAGAGUUAGCUUCAGUGAAUUCAAUGGCUCACCAAACCCUCCAAGGAAAGGAAUACUCAAGAACAGUUUCAAUCGCAAUGAGCGUCCUACCGUCCCCAUCAGGAAUCCACAGCUUUACCUUGAUGAUGACGAUGAUGAUGAACCUUCUCCACUCAAGGAAAUCAUUAGGAACAGACGAGGAAAGUCACCCAUCAAACCUGCUGCUAGGAGAAGGAUUGAUGGCUUCCCAGGGAGGGAGAUCUUUGAAUUUGAGCUCUCAAAAUCACAGUCAUCACUGGGACUCAGUCUAACAGGAGGAAAGGACUAUAAGAACCAGCCGUAUGUAAAGGUAGAUAGGAUAUACCCAGGAGGUGCUGUAGCAGAUGAUGGUAAUCUUACGUCUGGAUGCGUCUUGGUUGGAGUUGAUGGGAUAUCCUUACUGGACGUUAGUCACCAGCAGGCCAUGGAGAUCAUCCGCUCAGCUUUCAAUGAUAAGAGUAAGAAAACAAUGCAGGUCGAGUUCAUGGACACUCUAUAACAUGCUCUGGCAGUCGAAGUUCUGCAGUUAAUUGCUACUCCGGCGUAAUUUCAAUCAGCAACAUUCCUUGCUACUUAAACAACUUCAAGAACGACAAGGAUGCUAAGUCAAGACAAUCAUUUGCAUGAAUCGUAGAAUGAUAUGUAGUAUUUCUAAAUAUUCAAUCAUGUUUUAUCUGUCAAACCUUCCUAUUGUAAUUACAGUACUUGCAUUAUUAUCUUAUAAUCAUAUUUCUAUUUAUUCCAUGAAGCCGUUAGUUAGAUUAAAAACCUUUUAGAAAUUAUUUUGAUAGUGUUCACAGAAAUCUUUAAUCAUGAAAAAUAUGGAAUCUACUUUGUCAGUGAGUUGAUGACAGAAAAGCAAUGGCUCAUUUACAUGCUAAUGUCAAUUAUCCUGGUCAGUGUAUUGUCUUAUGAAUGAUAAAGCCAGCAAAUUUGCAGAUCCAUAUUUGUUUGCUACACAUAUCUUUUGCUUUGAGGAAAUUUCAGAAAACAGGUGAUAGAGUAUACAUAUGAAAUACAUAAUGAUGAAAUAUGAAUAUGUGCGGUUGUCACCAUUCUCAUCUGACAAAGAAUAAUGGUGAAAGAAUAAUGGUUUGAUGUGAUUGGGCCAUUAUAGGUUUUUUCCUCUGCUCUAUUACGUGUCUGCCAUAUUCCAUUGAAAUCACAUUGAGCUCUUAUCUGCUUGGCUUUGGAAAUAAAAGGGUUGGAUGCUAAAUACAACACCACUAUACCAAAUUUGUCUAUUGUGCUGUAAAUUGAGAAGUUUUCCGCUUUAACAGUGACCAUUUCCUGGCUAUUUUUCAUUACAAAUCUUGUAAUUACAGAAGCAAUUGCUGCAUUCAAUAUUGUAAGGUUGAGCGUUGCAAAGAGCAAGGAAAAGAACCAAUGAUUGAAGGCUAAAUAAACUAUUGCAGUGAAUUUUCUUGACAGUUUAUGCAUUUAUGUAUAUGACAAUUGAAGUGUUGGUGACAGUGUACAUUUUAAGAGAGCAGAGAUAAAAAAAAAACCUUGACAACAAAAGUUACAUGCACAUCCUGGGCAAUAUGUAACUAAGGGCUUGAUCUCACUUGCCGACGGACACAAAACAUAUCCAUAACGGAUACAGCGGACAAGCAAAAUUUUUGGGGUGGCUCCAUCCAUUUUCAUCCGCUCCAGACAAUGGACAAAAUGGGCGAACAAUGAAAUCACAGUGGAUGGUUGCUCGAUGGAUAUAGAGCGUAUGAAACAGCCAGGUAUGCAAAGAGUACACGAUGGAUACAUAAUGUUUUGCAAAAUGGAUGGCAAGAUUCUUUUCAGUUUUACAUCCUCCCUGCAGUGCAGUAGGACCAAGCCUUAAGGGAGGAGAUGGUGUCAUAUCUCUGAUAGGCCGAUUUUAGACAUCACCUUGUGUAAAGUACUAAACUGAUUCAGAAAUUAUUAUAUAUAUAAGGAGAGAAAAUUGAAUGGCUGUAAAAAUAGAAAUAUUUUCCGUGUGUAUCACCUUGAACUAUUAUCAGUAUCUAAAGGCGUUAUUUUUUCUUUUCGUCCAAUAUAUGGUAGAUCUUUUUAUUCUAUGCCAAAAGUGUGAGUUUUUAUUUGAAAUAUCAACAAUCCGUCUUCUUUAGCUCUUUCAGCAGAUUUUACAGAAAAUAUUACCGUUGGUAUUUCUUAUAAUAUAAAUAGCAGGGGAACUUUGUGAUAAUAGAAUGUUUGUGUGUGUGUUGGUAACAAGAUUUUUAGUUUGCUGAAUGUUAGAGGCUUUGAUUUAAAUACAUACUCUAUUACUCUUUAUUUUACCCUGUGUAUAUAAUCAUGUGUAGAAUAUACAUUUGUGAAUAACGAUGAUGUUUGAUUAUGAUGAUCAUGUGCAAAUAUUUUACCUGAAAAUGUUAAUUAUGUAAAUUGAAUGCAAGAUAGUAUAAGCAGGAAUGAAGGCAAUAUUAUGAAUCCAAAUAGAAAAUGCUUUAGAUAUUAAUAGAUAAUGGAGUCAUGUGCUAGUUAGUGCAGAAGCAAAACUGCUAUGACAAUAUGCUAUGGUGGAUUAGAUUUUUUUUCCAAUGAAAUUCGUAUUGUAUCUGUUAUUUGAUUAUGCUACGUUUAAUUUUUUUCAAAUUAAAAAAACAUAUAUAGUCUUUAAAUGGUUAAGCAAAAACUUGAAUUAAAAAAAAAUAUAGAAUAAUAUAAUUUUUGAAAUAACUGUCCCAUUGUGAAUAACUCUAUGCUGAAAGAUUCAGACAAAGUAAAUUAAGAAAUCCUAAUUUUCUAAAAUACCCUUUUCUUCAGAAUUCUGAAAUACAUUUGUGGUAAUUAAUUCCAUAAAUGAAUCAAACGUUUUAUACAUCUAAUCUCCCUUUCCAUUUUUUCCGGGAAAAUCAGGGGGGCGUUUCAUGAAAGGACUUGUCGGACGUUUUAUCCGACAAGUCCCAUUUCAUCCGACAGUUACCAUAGUAACAGUACCUCUCAGCCAAUCAACAUCAGAGAAAGAUGUCAGAUCUGACAACUUGUCAGAUGAAAAUGUUGAUGAAACACUCCCCAGAUUAACCAUUUCAGGAAGGUCUUACAUGUAGGGGUUCAAACCUAUCACAUGUAGGGGUCAAACAUACUCUAUCAUUUUUAUCUUGACAAUGUUCUGCUGUUUUUUUUUCCCAACACUAUAUAAUUAGCAUUGCUCUUCAGCUGCUUGUCUGAAUGUAAUUUUGAUAGACAAGAAUCGUAUUUGUCAAAUUUUGAGCAAGUGAAAUGUAUUGAAUCAUGUCAGUAGUGAAAUUUGUGUAAACCUGUCUAACCUUGCCGUAGAAAAUCUUGUAUAGUUAAAGUUGUGAAUAGUACAGGUUUUGUGUUUCCAAGUUAUUUUAAUCUAUUUAUAUUUUCAUUUUUAUAAAUAUAUUUAGGCUGCUGUCUGUUUAAAUUUGUAAUAAUCAGUCAAAUACCACAUUUAUUCAGUUUGCUUCUGUAUUACUUGAUGUAUGUGUUUAUUGACAUAAAGAGGACCAAGAAAAUUUAUGAAUCAUAAAUUGAUAUUGUACCAAUCAUAAAUUGGAAUUGUACCAAUGUUUGUACGUUUUUCAUUGCGAUGCCGAUAGGAUGAAUACGAUAGAAACAUUAUUUGUUACUUUAGAAAUAGAUUGUUAGAACAUACAUUCUUGAUAAAAAACACAUGUUGAGUCUUUCAGAGUUAUCCUAUGCAACUUGAGAACAGAAAUUCUGUCAUACUUCAUCUGAAACACACAGUUCUUUUGAUUGGCAUGAAUAUUUAAUGGAUAAUGGUAAUGAAAAUAAAAUAAACAUUUAAUUUAAUGUAAUUUUAUCAGAUUUGAUUUAAAAGGGCUACAGGUAUCUUCAAAUUCUUCCGUCCAAUUCAGAGACCUGCCUCUUUCUUUGCAAUGGAAUCACCUUGUUUUGUAUUUCAGCAUUAAGAACUUUUACACCUUUCUUAGUGUAUUUUAUAUCCUGUGUUUAAAACCUUGACAAAAGGCUGCAUUUUUAAAGCAUUUUCAAACAUAAAACAUCAGUAUUUAUUGUUUUUAAACUUGUAUUCCAUUUUCAUCUUAAAGAAAGGAGUUUUGUGUGCUAUAUAUGAAUUGAACUUAUUCCUAAUCAUGGUGAAGUGAAUUAGUCGAAAUAAAAUUCAGAAAUAGGUCAAUUUCAGAUUACAUUCCUUGUUUCUGAAAUAAAUAUAUCAAAAAGAACCGAGAUGUAGAUUGCUUGAAUUCUGAAUAGUGUGAAUUGAAGUCUGAAUAUAUUUUAUUCUCUUAUGUAGUAGAUUAUUCAUUUCAUUUGUCAUUUAGGGUGACUUUAUAAAUUUGUGCAUUUGAGAUUUGAUUCAUUCUAUCAACUAUUCAUCACCGUGUAAUAUGCUGAAAGAAUAAACAGCUAUGUGCUUUUGAGGCUUUCAGAAAAAUA